AUGACCUCCGAACGAGAAUGGCACCUGGUAGAUGCCCGGGGCCAAACCACCCCAGCAACCAUCUCGUCUUACUUCAAGAUCUACACGCCCCCAAAGACUGACAUAUGGCGCCCGUCUCCGGACGAGGAUCGCUUCGACGCGCCUUACAUCUAUACCAGAUUAAAAUCCUCAGAGUUCAAGAGUAUCUCGGUGAUGCUAUCCGCAGACUGGAAGACAUUGUACGAUCAAGGCGGGCUUGUCAUCCUCUGGCCGGCAGCUAAGAAGGAGGAGAGUCGCUGGAUCAAGUUUGGUAUUGAGUACUUCACGGGCAAACCAUUGCUGGGUGUUGUCGGCUGUGAUCGCUUCUCCGACUGGAGCGUGUGUCCCCUGCCCAUCGCGACGGCCACUCAUGCUACGCUGGAGGCAGUAAGAGAGGGUACGACGUUGUGGAUAUACCUGGUCUUCAACAUGGAGAGGAGACCGCUGAGGGAGGUCAAGUGGGCGUUUCUGGAAGAUCGUGAGGCUAAGGCAGAGAUGCGGGUUGGCACGUAUGCAGCGAAGCCAACGCCUGAAGAAGAUGACGCGGAGAAAGGCCUGGAAGUGAUAUUCCGUGACUUGAAGCUAGAAACGGUCACUUAG